AUCACGGCGCUGCAGCAGCUUCACUGUUACAGGAUCUGCUGCUGGAGAGACCACCGCAAGUCCUCUGCAAUAUGGCUGAAAGUGUGACGUCCAGCGCAACGUCCUGGCAGACUUUUUCUGGUGCUCUCCACCCCAUCACUUCUCUCGGUUACACACAGAAACCGGAGAGACCGUAUCACUGCCUGGAGUGUGGAAAGAGCUUCAUCCUACAGAAACAUCUCCACCAACACCAGCGAAUUCAUACCGGAGAGAAACCCUACCGCUGCUCAGACUGCGGCAAGAGCUUCUCUCAGCUCAGCAGCCUCCAGAGACACCAGCGAGUUCAUACCGGAGAGACGCCGUACCUCUGCUCGGAGUGUGGGAAAGGCUUCAGUUCUGAGAGUAACCUCAAAGCGCACCAGCGCAUUCACACUGCGCAGAAACCGUUUCAGUGCUCAGACUGCGGCAAGAGCUUCACCCAGUCCAGCCACCUCCAUCUCCACCAGAGAAUUCAUACCGGAGAGAAGCCGUUUCACUGCGCUGAAUGUGGAAGCAGCUUCAGACAGAGGGGCACUCUCAAAAAGCACCAGCGAAUUCAUACCGGAGAGAAACUGUACCGCUGCUCAGUGUGUGAAAAACACUUCACCCGACCCAGCGGCCUUCAAACUCACCAGCUGAUUCAUACCGGAGAGAAACCGCACCGCUGCUCAGAGUGCGGUAUGAGUUUUAAUCGUCAGUCCAGCCUCCAGCUCCACCAGCGAAUUCAUACCGGAGAGAAACCGUACUACUGCUCAGGGUGCAGAAAGAGUUUCAGGCAUUUGAACACUUUUAAUCAACACAAAUGUAUAAAAACUGACGCGGAAACUUGUGACCCAUCGUUAUCAGUUUUAUAAAAUUAUCAUGAAAUAUGAAAUCUGAGUUUUUGCACUUUUUAAAAACUGCUGUAAAUGUAAUAGUUGCACCCAAAAAAAACAACCAACAGGAAUAAAUCUUGGUGGGUAGUCUUGCCAGGCUGUCAUGGUUGAUGGGUGUAGUUUAAGAAUGGUUUGGAAUAGCGGCAUGUAGUCUGUAUGCCUGUAUGAUAAUGUAGUUGCGGGAUUUUGAUAUAUAGGAUUUUUGUCGCUGUCAAACAAAAUCAGCUAAAUCUCUAAAUCAGCAACUUUACACAAGGAGUAAAAAAUACCUUUAUGAAAUACCUUUUAAUGAAAGUCAGUGUAAAUCAGUUUUAUUCCAAGUCAUUUUGGAUAAAUAACAACUGGCAGAUUCACAAUGCAUAGAAUAAAAAUGAAAAAGAGAGAAACAAGCUUUUUCUAUUUAAUAAAUAUAUCAAUACAUAUGUAUAUUUUAUUUCUUGUGUAAUAUAUUUAAUUACUGUAAGCACUGUUCCUAUACCUUUUUCCUGUUGUUUUCUGCACUUCAAUACUUUCCACCCAGCAGGGAUAACUAAACAAUAAGCAAAUACUGGAAAAUAAAAAUACAUUAAGGUGAAAAAAACAGUUUUGUUUAUUUUUUAUGUGUAAUGUAUCACUUUCUCUAUUUAGGUUGUAAUUAGAACAGCACUUCUGAAGUAAAUUGCUAAUAUAGCACUGGUGAGGUAUAUUUAAAAUUGAAAUAACACUGUUUUGUAAACAUGUAACAAGACUUUACAAGGUAAAUAUGUGACCCAAAUGGCACUUCUGAAGUAAAUAUAUGCAUAAGUAAACAUGCAUAUAGAAUGUUAGGUAAUAGUAAUUUUAAGAUAAAUCUCUCUUGCUUUCUGAGGUAAAUAUGUGAAUAGAAUGGUAUAUUCAAGGUAGAAAUUUGAUUGUAAUGGUAUCUCUGAGGAACAUACAAAGGUACAUUUGAGGAAAAUAUGUAAAUACAAGGAUUAUUAUAAGGUGAUUGGAAUGGUAAUUUUAAGGUAAAUAUGUAAAUAUAAAGGUUAUUUUGAGGUACAAAUGUGAUUAUAAUGGUAAUUCUGAUGUAAAUAUGUGAAGAGAAUGGUACGUUUGAGGAAAAUAUGUGAAUAGAAUGAUAUGUUUGAGGUAAUUAUGUGAAAAGAUUGAUUAAAAAUGUGAUUGGAAUGGAUAUUCUGAGGUAAAUAAGUGAAUUUAAUGGUUACUCUGAGGUAAAUAUGUGGAUAGAAUGGUUAUUUUGAGAUAAAUAUGUGAAUAGAAU